AUGACGCCUGAAAAAAAACGACGACCUGUAGUGAUAGCAAGCAGCAGCAAGCUCAGCAGUGGUAAAAAAUGUGAAGAAUCUCCUGGAAAAUCAAAUUCAUCAAAAGCAAAAUCAUCACACGUACUGGAAGUCAGCAAUUUGAAUGAUGAUAGCAAAACGGAUGAUCAGUUGCCUUCCUCAGCAGAGGCUGCUCCCGUGCGCCAACUACGACGGAAAAGGAGAAAACUGUCUUUACCGAGCGACGAUAAUGAGGUAAUAGACGAGACCUUCGAAGAAACCAUCCGACUUUCGGCAGUUAAAAAUAAUUUGACUCCCGCUUGCAUCAAGAAACUGCUAAAGCAAAUUGUCGUCAAUGACCAUGUUUUCGCUAUUGUUAGACUUAAGGAAGAAGAAGAAUCUCGAAAAUUAGAAAAGAUUAAAAACACAAAUACAGAUACGAAAGAUGAUGAAGAUGAAAAGGAAGAGCUUCAACCUAAAUUGACACGUUUAAAGAGGAAACAGUUGAAACAAACGCUACUUCCAAUUGCAUCAUUGAAUGAACCCACACCGGAUGAAGAGGUUACCGCAUUGAUUCACAAAGAGUUGGGCUCGGAUGAUGAUGACGACGACGAGUAUACUCCUGCUGAUGAUGAGGGAGUCUCCGAGGGAGACGAUGAUCCCAAUACAACGGUGUCGGAUAUUGAUUCUCAACCGAGAACUCCAGCAUCGACUACACUGCCGGUUGGUGAACAAGAGAAUGAUUCUGAAAUUCAUUACACCAAAGAUGGUUUAUUUAAAAUUCCACGAGCACGAAAUGAUAGUCAGUGUUCGCAAUCUGAGCAGGAACAAGAAAUUAUAGCAUUACGAACACGGUCAAAAUUGUGCCUUACGACCACCGCAAUCGAAACAAUAGAGUCAACAUUCGUGCCACCAGACAUUACGAAUGAUAUGUAUGAAUGCGACGUAGAAAUGGAUCAAGCUUGGAAAGAUUUUUUAGAAGAGUUUACGAAACCUUUGCCUAGCAUUUUGGACGAGGAUGAUGAUAAUGAUCCAGAAUAUGUUGCUGCCGAAGGAAUACCAUAUGAUCCUGAGGAAAUGCGUACAAGUAAAGUUUCAAAAAAGGAACUUGAUGAGCUAGUGCUAGAGUUAAUGGAAAUGGGUGGAGAUGAGGAUCAAACACUGUUAGAACAAACUUUAACUGAAACCAUUAAUGAAUCACUGAACUGUAACGAUCGUAUGAGCAUGUUAAACAAUUCUUUGCUGGAACUGGAAAAUAGUGAUAAUCCAAUAUCCAUGACGCCCACCACUGUUCAAAAAUGUGAUGCAGUGCAGUCAACAUCAAAGGAUCCUAACGUGACAGUUCAAUUGCAAACAUUACAACAAUAUGAAGCAGGUCAUCAAUCAGAUAUGUUUGCAUUGACUAACAACGUAUGCCAAUCAACCCAAAACCAUCUAACACCCCAUGAAGAAAGUACUUAUCAAUCGGCUACAGUAGCUCAACAAAGUACACUUGAAACCGACUCUAGCGAUUCAAGAGAUCCAAAGUUUUACAUCAAAUAUUUGACUUUUGAGGAAUCACCGGAUGAUGUGUUCACAUAUUCUAAUGGUAACGAUCGAAAUGUUGUUCCUUCAUAUAAACUAUAUCAUAUCCAAUCGACACAAGUUCCUGUAACGGUACAAUUGUCCAAUACGGACGUCGGCUUAAAUGAUUUUCAGUUUCAAUUACUGCACCAACAACUUCGUAUGCAUGUACAGCUGACAGCCCAGCAUUUCAUGCAAACUUAUGCUCAUCCAAAAUUUUGGAAAUUUGGUAAAACUACCUUAGAUAUGCUGAAAGAGUUGGAUAGAAUUGGUAAAGUAAAACCAAACAUUAUUCCAUGGAAUUUGCCUUUAGCGCUGGAAUGCUGUAAUAGUUGGGUGAGUGAAUUGGAAGAGGAUAAUGAUAGUAACAAAUCACUCAUAAAAUUUUGGUUGGACGAAGUACAACACGCUGAAGAUGCUUACAAGCGUGAAAGAUACUACCGGGGUGAUUUUCACUGGCGUGUGCGAGAAAAGAUCAUAAAUUGUAAAGCCUUUAUGUAUCCCACGCUAAUACCCUACAAAGCAUUUCGAUGUGAUCCGGGCAAACGGAAAGUGAGUUUUGGCAAGGCCGAGGAGCAUUUAAUCACGCUCUGGUUUGAAAUAACUUUCGACAAGCUCAAGAAAGAAUAUGAAAAUUCAGCACAUCGAAAAAGAAUGCAAAAACCGACUAUGACAACAGUUUGCCAAUAUCUUUCACAACAUUUAUGUCCAAUGCGUAGCGUAAAAAGUCUGAAAAAUUUAGCAUUUAGACGAAAACCAUCUGAAACAAUGUGCAAGCCAGUAGACUUUUUUUCAACUCAUGGAUAUGCACCUCCUUUCGACCAUGUGCUGCAAGUAUUUGAUUUAAACAAAGUGAUAACUCUAGCGCAGUAUAAGAGAGGAGUACUUCAUUGUAAUUGGGAACAAUACAUAUUUUCCAACAAAAGGAUUACCCGACUUGGUUUGCUAAAACAUACCAAUGAACAAGAAACUGCUGUACAAUGCAACUUUUAUCAAACAUCAAACCUUGUAGAAAACAGCGGCGCAUCUGUGGAAUAUCAAUUGCAAGUUAGUGUUUUGCUUCCGGAUGCAUCGGCGCCUUUCGUGCAAUACGUACCAGUUACCCUUAUGACUACAGAUCUUACUCCACAGCAGCAAGAAUGCAUAAGUAGUGAUAUAGUGCAAAUGAACAGUAGUGCAGUCGGCGCUGUUGCUGAUUAUGAUCUGAUGGUUAACAGUGGGAACGUAAAUCCAACAGAAAACACUACCAGCGAUGCACUGGCAUCACAAGCUAGCAGUAUAAUACCAUCAGAAUGCACUUACAUCGAUCAGUGUAAUGAGUGCGUAAACGAAGAAAAGCAAAAUGAAACAGCAGUAAGCCAAAAUAUCCCCCUCGAAGAAUAUCCAAGCAAUACGACUGAUAAUUCGGUGCUAAUUUCUGCAAAUGACAGUACUCCGUUAUCAAAUUUGAACAAAAAGCCUCCUAGUGUAAUUUUCGUGAAUCGAUUUCGGACAGCCGCGCUUGCUACUCUGUACUCAAUCCUGAAAAAGUAUUUGAAGGAUCUGCGAAACGAAUGCAUGCGAGAACUGACAAAUGCCUUACUGUUGACCCAACCAGCUCAUCCGGUUUUUCAAGUAUAUGCACAUUUUAAGCAGUUGCAAGUGUAUUGUCUAUUUUUAGAUGAUUUACAAAAAAUGAGUAGCAAUUUCAACGUGUACUACCCUCGGUAUAACCCCGUGCAACAGAGUCAUUCCCAACGGGCGACAUCGUUGGGGCUACUAAGACUGUCCUGCAGUCAUCGUAUCGAUGGUUCAUUAGUUGUACGGGCGGAGUAUAUUACGGAGCGAUUCACCAAUUACCAUAGCAUGGAAGAUAAGGAUGCUAUGUAUGCGUUCAAUUACUACGAGAAAGUUGAAGAGACACUGCUCGGAGCGGAUCGCACGGACUUGCUUGAACGAUUCGAGCAAAUACUGAAAAACUUUGACGAAUUCGAAGAUCGCGUAUCGUUGUUGUACUAUAAGAUAGAAGAAUUGUUGGGUGAAAGCUUCCCUCAGUUAGUGGAUAUGUUUCUUACAUUUCUAUUGCCAGGCCAAGCUGCAGAAGUGGGGAAAUUUAUGGAACACUUCAUGCUGACGAACAUGACAGAUUUCCUGGAGAAGCUCAACAUAUUUUUUGCUAAGCAACCUUCUCAAAUUAAAAAGGUACACGCCUGUUUGAAUGAGUUAUCUAACGAACCGAACGUUACGAUGGAUCAAGUGAAAUUAAAAGUGUUGCCUCUUUUAAAAGGUAGUACUCUAUUGAGUGAAUGGUUCCUACAGCUAUUUCCCAGUGAAAGACCGCCUGACUCCCUCCCGAGUGAUUAUGAACAUAUAACGAUGAAAAAGAAUCCAGUAUCAGACACUCACGAUGCAGAGACGGUGCAGGAACACAUUUCCUACGUUGAAACUCUUCAGGAAGUACCAGAAAAUUGCUGUGGUUCUAAUACGAUACGCUUUAUACAAGGAAGAAUAUUUCAAGGGGCUCUUCCCGCUAGAUUGACUUUCUUAGCCAACAACUGCGUAACCAAAGCUACGGAUCUUCCGAACAUCCCAGAAGAAAUGCCAUCGACUGGGGGAGAAAGUACACUGUGUGAUGAUGCUACGUUAAUGGCACACGCAAUUCGUCUCAAUCCUUUGGUCCAUUGUCCUAAAGGAAUCGCGUAUGCGGAUGUUGCUCAUGUACUAGAAGACAGUAUUAUAAAGCAAAACGGUGAUGUUGUUCCGGAAGGGAGUUGCAUUGCUGGUACGAGUUCACAAGACGAAUGCCAACUCGUAACAGCUACCACCAAAAAGCUACCACCAAAGUUGCCCAUUAAAAAACGUUUCAAUUCGCCGAAUUCACGUAAGGUCACAAAUUCUCCAGGUCAAGAAAAAUUAUCACCACCAGUUCCGGGAUGCAGUAAAGAUGGCGCGUUGUCAAAAAGAUCGGUGGUGGUAUCUUCCGAUUCUAAAGCAUUAGUUACGGCUAGAAAAUUGAAAUUGCUUACCGAUGAACCACAGUCGGGUGCUUUGCAAGCCAAAUUUCGAUCUCCAGAUGAGCAGUGUUGUCCCGUGGAACACGAAUGCAGGACAGACAGUAGCCAGCAGGUUUCUGAGCAACUAUCGUCCUCAAACAUUCUGCCCAAACCUAAUGAUAGUGAAGACAAGCGUGAGAUGUCAGAACCGCCGGUUGAAUCGGUCAGUACGCAGGAUCCCAGUUGGACCCGAGAUGAAGAUAAAAUUAUUCUACAGAACAUAAUAAAAGGAUAUACUUCGGUUGAUACGUUUGUUCAACAAAUUCAAGAAAAAAUCCCAGAACGUAACAGCAAGCAAAUACGAAACCGUUUUGAAUUUUUGCAACGAAUGCUUCGUCAAGUUAAUACAAAGUGAAUAUAACAAAAAAAUAUAUUUAUUUUACUAAAAACAGGGCUUCUGUUCACAUAAGAUAAA